CUUUUUCACACCUUUAUUUUUUUAAAUACUUAUUUUCAUACGCUCCUUUUUUCUUCUUGCAUACACAGACGCACACACUACACAUUCAUCCAGAAACACAACCUCAUCAUCUGCUCCAUCGUACGACUGCAUCCACAGCAGCGAUAUUCAAUCUCAACGGCCAGCCUCUCGCCUACGUUUUUUUCAAAGGUCAUCCCAGUGUGACCAUGAACAUUCCGCCUCAGCAGCAACACCAGCAGCAGCAGCAGCAGCAGCAAGAACAACCAAACAAUGGUCAAGGCCAGCACUAUGGAAAUCUUCAAGGAUCCUCAUCGGGGAACCUGAGCUCGUUCGCUGCUCUCCCUCCCAAUCCAUACAACCUUAACACUCACCUGAUGGGUCUGAGCAUGCAGAACAGUUCCUCGUCCGCCGGAUUGAGCUCCUCCUCCUCUUUGGCGCCCGUUCCUACGAGUUCUAGCUUAAUGAAUGGUGGAAACAGCGGCUCAACAACGCCUUCUAUGGUCUACGCCUCCGCACCAUCGUCGCCCAACCUUAGGAACCUCCAAUACAAUCCAUCUGGGAAUGCGCAGUACAACCAAAGUAGCAGCCUUUACUCUCAACCCCCUCACCAGCAGCAGCAUAGCCAGUACUCAUUCCACGCUCAGCAACAGCAGCCUCAGCAGCAACAGCACUCCGUCCAAAGUCUGACAUCCAGUUUCUACCCCACUUCGCCACCUCAUCAACAUCAGCAAAAAUCAUAUCAGCAGCAGCAGCAGCAGCAGGCUGGGUCAAGUACGUCAUUUAAUUCGAUGCCGUCUGCCCCUCUUCGCCAGCAACCACAGUAUGCGCCCUUGGUGCCUCCUCUGUCGGAUGCACAGUACGCGCAAUAUCAUCAAUUGCUUGGAUCGGCAUUCAGCUCUGCGGCCUCAACGCCCUACCAUUCGAACCAGUCUACGCCGUAUAGCUCUAUGCCUACGUCUCCAACACUCGAGUACCAGCAACUUUCAGACCCAAACAUGAUCCAGAAGCCGAAGCGCCGACAGGUCAAGAACGCAUGUGGUACGUUUUAUUUGUUUGUUAUCUUUUUCCUUAUGUGGGCUGGGAUAUGUCAUAUCUGCGUUGAUCUGGUGGUUUCUUUGUCUCCUGUGCCAUCUUCCAACGGCUGACUGCAGCGUCGACAUGCAGGCAGUCGAGACAAAAAAAAUAGUGCGCCUCUAUCCUGGGAAAUAGAAGGCGUACGUUUUUUUUUGAGAGGACGAGACAAUUGUGUGAGCAGAAAGGGGGAUGGUAGUUCUUGAGUCAUAUCACUUUUGUAGUACAGAAGGAGGGUUAUCUAGUGGCUGACUAGCAGCUUCCAUUUCGUUUUAUGUCUUACUAAACUGCCAUUAUUGGUUUUCGCUC